AUGCAAAAGGGACGUGCAUUUCAUAUCUUAAAAUCUACACUCACUGUAAAUGAUAUGCAUUGUGUCAAUAUGAAAUAUUUCAAGGAGAAUAUUGUUGUUGUUUCAUCAGAGGAGGCUAUCGAUAUUUCCCGAAGGUAUAGCCUAAUCCAGCUGAAACCCACUAGCAGGAUCACUUGCAAUACUGUUCUGAAACAGUCACCAUUUUCGCUUAAACUUGAAUGA